UCCACCCUGUAAACAUCCCCAGCCUUUUCAUUUGACCCUUUGUUUGAGACUGAGCAUGUAACUGAGUCCACUCAGUGAGGCAAGAUUCAGACUGAGAAGUUGACAGCACAAGGUCAACCCUGUUUGUCUUCAUCAGAGACAGUCACAUCUCUACUGGCUGCUAGCUAUCUGUGGUUUGGCCCCCUUUGUCCAAGAAGAAAAAGAAGAGCCGUGAGGACUUGCCACAGCCUAGUCAGGCUGAAGAAAUGUCAAUGAUUGGGAGUUCCGAAGGAUUCCAGCUUGUGUCUCUGAAGCAAGAGGAAGAUGACCAGUCCUCUGAGACGGAUCAGCUGUCCACAGAGGAGAGGCACCCAAGCGAGGACCCAGCACCCACGCAGAUGUCAAGGCAGCCAAGUGUGACUGAGUCAACACUCUACCCCAACCCUUACCACCAGCCGUAUAUCUCACGGAAGUACUUUGUUACCCGGCCAGGGGCCAUUGAGACUGCUGUGGAUGACCUGAAAGGCCACGUAGCCAAGACUUCUGGAGAGAUAAUUCAAGGCUUCUGGCUCUUGACAGAGAUAGACCACUGGAACAACGAGAAGGAGAGGAUUUUGCUGAUCACAGACAAGACUCUGCUGAUCUGCAAGUACGACUUCAUCAUGCUCAGCUGUGUGCAGUUGCAGCGGAUUCCCCUGAGUGCUGUCUCUUGCGUCUGCUUGGGCAAAUUUGCCUUCCCUGGCAUGUCACUGGACAAGAGACAAGGAGAAGGCCUUAGGAUCUUCUGGGGGAGCCCGGGGCAGCAGUCUCUACUUUCCCGCUGGAACCCUUGGUCCACUGAGGUGCCUUAUGCUACGUUCACUGAGCACCCUGUGAAAUACACCACUGAGAAGUUCCUUGAAAUUUGCAAGUUGUCUGGGUUCACGUCUAAGCUUGUUCCAGCUAUCCAGAGUGCCCACAAGAAUUCCACUGAAUCUGGAAGAGAAAAGGAGCUGAUGGUGUUAACUGAACCCAUUUUGAUUGAGACCUACAUGGGGCUGAUGUCAUUCAUUGGAAACCGCAACAAGCUUGGUUAUUCCCUUGCCCGUGGGAGUAUUGGUUUUUGAGAUGCUUUCUGGUGUAUAAGUACAUCACCCAUACAUAUAUUAUUAUUGAAUAUUCUUCUUCAGCCCACUAUAUUUUUGGACUGAAACAAUUAUUUUCAAAUAGUGUCAUAUGAUUUUUGAAUAUUUAGUAUCUUAGGAAAUCUGAAAGCUUGACACAUACUUCAGGCCUCAUAUACAAAAUAAACAAAUUUCCUAAAAUCUUUUUUAGGAGAAAAUAAAUUCUCCUAAACCCAUCAAAUAAUGUUAUCAAAUGAAUACCUAAUCAUAAACUCAGAGCUGACUCUCUGGAUUCUUGUUCCUCUGUCCACUAAAUGUUUGCAUUUUCUGGGGCCUGACCUUCAGCCCUCUGAUUCUGAUCUCUUUCAGUGGGGUUAUUUUAGCUACUCUUUUAAUCAGGAUGCCUUCCAAGUCCAUAUUCCCAUUCCUGAUAUUUCUUCAGAAUUCAGUAUAAUGUUUCUGUCUGCUGAUCCGAUCAAUGUGCCAAUAUCUACUCAUAUUUAGUGUCUUCCAAAUCCUGAAUUUCUCUGUGGUAUAUUUUUUUAUGGUUCCAGUUAAUCAUCUCUGAAGUUCCUUUAAAUUCUUUCUCAAAUACAUUCUAUAUAGUAUCAGUCUUAGUCUAUGUGGGCUGCUGUAACAACAUACCAUUGAUUGUGUGGCUUAUAGGCAAUAGAAACUUAGAUUUCUCACAGUUCUGGAGGUCAGAGUGCCAGCAUGGUCAGGGUCAGGGCUCCCUUCCGAGGUUCUGUCCUUUCUGCUAUAUCCUCACAUGGUAAAGGGCCAAGGGCACUUUUGUGCUUUAUUCACAACAACUUUAAUCUCGUUCACGAGGGCUCUGCCCUCAACUUGAUCAUCUCCCAAAGGCCUUGCCUCUUAAUACCAUUACACUGGUUUUAAGAUUCCAACAUGUGAGUUUAGGAGGGACACAGACUUUCAGACCAGAGCAGUACCACCUUUGUACGUGGCUUAGCAUUGUAUCUCAAUGCCCAAAUGGCAAACUUAGAGUUGAUUCUGCUUUCAAAAUUGUUUACGUACUUCUCCUUCCCAUUCUCACAAGUUUAAUAUUAGAUCAAGUUUUAAAUACUGUUCACCGGGAUAAUUGCCAUAGCCUUUUAACUGGGAUAUCUGCUCCAAGGCUGACCCUCCUCUAAGCCAUCCUGCACAUGGUUGCCAGAUUCCUAAAGCACAAUUUGAUUAUAUCACUCUCUGAUCAAGAACUUGUAAUACCUCAUUUCCUUUUGCAGCACUUUUGUUCAAACUCUUUUUUUUUUCAUAGCUAAUGAAAUCUGUUUGGGACACCCAACAUAUACAGCAGAGACAUAUCCAGCCACAAGGAUGCCAGUGGAGAUGCGAAUGCCACUUGUGACCUUUAUGAGUUUCAGUAUUACCGCAGUGGAAUAUCUAUGGUUCCCAGAGGGUUUUGAGGAGCAUGUUCCAAAAAACACUGUCCUAACUCAUUCUGUUUCCAAAGCUCUUUUCUCUCUUAAUUCCUCUUUGUGUCUCCCUGACUUAUGUCUAAUUCUGAAUAGCUCGAGGUGAUCUCAUAUGUUCUCUUCUCUUCAAAUUUAUUUUUCAAUUUUAUUUUGUUUAAUUUAUUAGGUAAAGAAGCUUUGAAUGUUGAACACCGUAUACAUUUUCAUUAUCAGCUUUCUGUCUGUCCCAAGACCCAAACUUGAGACACUUUGGUUGGUAUUCAAGUUAAAAAUUCCAGCUUUUUUUUUUUUUUUUGGCUCAUGCAGGGUCUAUUUUUAAAGUCUUUUCUUCAUAAAGCUUACUUCCUCAAUUUGAAAGAUUUGUCCUCUGAUUCAUUCACAAACAUCAAUUUGAUGCAGGCAUUUAAAACUUAAACCUUGAAUAGUCCUCAUUUAUUUUGUCUUUGUCUUUGUUUACUUCCAUUAGUAUUUUUCUCCCUCCCUGUCUUUCUCGUUCCCAGCACCCACUUUUUUCUGCCCAUGAUGGCAAAUAUUGUUACAGUCCCUAAGGCAGGGAACUUCUAUUCAGACUGUAAAAGGAAAUGUUGAAAUCCUUAGCUGUCCUGUCAACAGUAGUGGAAUGAAAAGUCGUUGGAUUGUUUUGGCAGUGGUUCUGAGGCAGGCAUAACUGGCAAAUUAUUAUAACACUUCUGCCCAAAAAUCCCCAUUUGCCUCAAGAUAGUGGCAUUUGUUGGCAGAAGUCUCUGAAUCGCCCAGUACAUUUUUUUGAGUUACCAUUGAAA